AUCUUGGUACAUCGUCGAAUCCCCCACCCAGAAUUCAAUGGCAUCACGUUUGAAAAUGACCUCAUGCUGCUGCAGCUGAGGGACAAGGCCAAGCUGACCCAGACUGUGGGCACCAUCUCCCUGUCCCAGAAGAAGGUGAAGAAGGGGGCAGUGUGCAGCGUGGCUGGCUGGGGUCAGACCAGUUACAAAACAAAUGACAAGCCCUCUCCGACCCUGCAGGAGGUGGAACUGACGGUUAUGGGCAAGAAAAUGUGUCUGUCUCGGCCCUCCCUGCACUAUGUCCCAUCCAGGAUGCUGUGCGUGGGGGGCCCCCAGGGGAGGAAGUCGCCAUUCCAGGGCGACUCUGGGGGCCCCCUGGUCUGUGAUGGGAAGGCCACAGGCAUUGUCUCCCAUGGCAGCGGUGACGGGUCAACUCCCAGUGUGUUUACCAGGCUCUCCAAAUACAUGUGCUGGAUCAAGAAAACUCUGCAAAAGCUGUAG